AUGGUCAAGUUGGAAGACUGGGUUUCGAAGGGGCCUUUAUCAGUGUUUCUGACGAAUGCAAAAUCGGGAUUCAAAAACAAGACGUACCGGAACAGAAUGAUCAAUGAUAUAUUAGUUGGCUUUAGCAUUGGAGCUAUGUGUAUCCCGCAAGGCAUGUCGUAUGCUGCUCUUGCGGGUAUGCCGAUGCAUUAUGGGUUGUACAGCAACAUGAUUCACCCAAUUGGAUACUUCACGUACGGUACCAGCAAUCACGUGGUUACUGGUAGCGCGGCGAUUGAGAACUUAAUGAUAGGAGAGUGCAUUGACAAUCUGACUGGAGCCGAUGACUCUAGCGAGGACCGACGAGCGAACGCAGCGGUUCUGCUCUCGCUCAUUUGCAGCCUUCUCUACUUGAUCUACAGAAUAGGAGGUCUUGCUAUAAUUGCUGAUUUAUUGGCGGAUCCAGUUCUGAGCGGGUUUGCAACAGGGGCCGCAUUCCUGGUGGCGACGAGUCAGUUGAAGCAUGCCUUGGGCCUCCGGAAUCUGAAGGCUCAGUGGACAGUCCCACGGUCGUUAUACUACAUCAGUAGCCACUUAAACGAAGUGUUGUGGGCCCCUUUAAUGUUGUGUGCGGGGUCCAUUUCCUUUCUAAUGUUAUGCAAGCAGAUUCGGAGACGGUUCAUCCCUGGACCACUUAUCCUGGUGAUUACGUCGGUGGUGGCCAGUUUCGUGUUCGACUUGGAAAAAUACGGCAUUCCGAUCGUGGGGCACAUUCCGCGUGGUUUACCUUCUUUUUACGGUCUGCCUCAGAUGCACCUGUUCGCCUCCGAUACCCCUGCGGACGGAGGUGGUGGUAUAGCAGGUGGUGGAGUGGUGAUGGAUGAGAUACCGGUUUUUCGGCAGGUGUUUUGGGAAUCUGUGAAGAUCUCUAGUUUACUAUUUGUGAUCCAUGUAUCGAUUGCGAAGACGAUAGCGAUUAGGCAGGAGUACCAAGUGACUGUACCGGAUGAGUUGUUGGCAUUUUCGGCAAUGAAUUUAGCGGGCGGAUGUCUUGGUUGUUAUCCGGGCAGUACAAGCAUCAGUCGGAGUGCAGCGGCAGAAGGGCUUGGUGCCACUGCGGGGCUUCAAGGCCCAUCUAGCGGGUUAGUCGUCAUGGGGGUCUUACUAUUCCUUACAGAAUGGCUACGGUUUCUACCACUGCCUUGUCUUGCAGCAAUUGUAUUGGUAGGAGUCUCCAGUUCGUUGGCUGAAUUUGGCGAGCUCGCGAGACUAUGGAAACUCCAAAAAACCGCGCAUGCCGCUUCUCUCCGUGGUGGCGGUGGUAGCUCACCUGAUCUUAUGCUCUGGCUUGUCGCUUUCCUAGUUACAUUCUGUUUCGGAGCUUCCGAAGGCAUCAUCGUAUCUGUCGCGCUUUCACUCCUUUGGAUCGGCAAGUCAAUACUGCGUCCCCCUUUCAUUGAACUAGGACGUAUCAAAGAAACCACCAUCUACCGCGAUCUACGACGCUUCCCUGGUAUGAUCGAAGUCGACCCCUCCAUCGCCAUCUUCCGCAUUGACGCACCCCUCAACUUCUGCAACAGCGGCUACCUUGAAAGACACAUCCGACAAGUCAUCAACGAACGCUUCACCGAACCGCUGCAAGUCGUACCUACGAGCAACAGCACGGCGGACGGGUCCGAGGUGAAGUUUGGGGAGUACGUGGAGUACGUGUCGCCAGGUGCGGAAGUACCGACGAACCCUCCGUUGGUUUCGAACGCGAUACGAGUGGGUUCGGAGCCGGUGGCGCACUUUAUCUUUAUUUUGGAUUGCAGUUCGAUAAACGGCUUGGACAUCACGAGCAUCGGCGCGAUCAAGCGGAUCGUAAAGCAUGCAGCGAACCAUGGUGUGAUCGUCGCCUUCAGCAACUGGAAGGGACCGCAACGUGAUUUCCUAUUUCGCGCGAACUUUUACGAGGUGGUCCCCCCGCAACGGUGCUUCCUCUCAAACCACGAUGCUUAUCUCUGGGCCAGCGCUGUCAAGUCGCACCCUAACGUGGCCACCGAGAUUCUGCGACCCAUGGUCUACCGAAUGCAUGAAGGCCUUGCUCGGACUCUGACCAAGACUAUCACACGAAACAUCUCGCCUCCAGCUCUCUCCCUCUGCACCUAUCGUACCGAAAAGCCUCAAGACGAAAUCGAAAUGGAAAAAGUUUACGAAUGGGACGGACUCAGCGCACUCGUGCCAAACGUCCGAGUGGUCGAAGAACAAACCAGCUACGGCGCAGCGAGACGGUGGGAAGUCUCCGCGCUCGACGAGGACUAA